AUGGAAGGUGUUCAGACUGUGGAUGUGAGCUGGCUUCAUCACUCACAGAAAGACCAUUUGUCUCGCACGAAGUCAGUAUCCGCGGUCGAUAAGCCUGCCACCGAUGCAGAACCAGUGCCUUCACAACCCAAAUCGCACCGGAGAUCCCGCUCUAGCAGCAACCCGGCACGCCCAACACCGCCACCCCACACCUCUGAAGUGAACCCGAACCAGCCCCCCAAGAACGAUCCAGCUCCAGUACAAGCGAAACCUAUAAUAGCGGAGAAAACUGAGGACCAAAAGCCAUCUACACCAUCCCCUUCUUCGCGGAAGACCGACCCAAAACCUAUCGGACGACGGAACUCGUGGAUCUCAAGCUUGAGCUCGAAAUUCUCGUCCGGAAGCACUCCACCAUCGCAAUCCAGUCUGAAGUCUGGUCCCGCGAGUCCUAAAACAACAACCUCGCCCCUCGAUGCGCACAACCCAUUUGGCGCCGCUUACUCCCCGAAGGACAAAGAAGAAGAGAAGAAGGAUGAUUCCAAUUCUUUUACUUCGACAUCACCUAAAGGACCGUCGUUCCUCCACAAUGCGCUGCGCAAGUUCUCUAGUAAUUCCGGUGGUCUACCCAAGUUGCACCCCAAUGGCACGGUCUGUCCACGUCGCGUGAUGAACAUCGAUCAAAAUCGGCAUCGAUGCAAGAUUGCGGAUUUGAACCAGGCUAAGCUGAACCGUGUGGCAUUUUGUGUGGAUGUUGAGAUUGCGGGGAUCUCUCAUCGGGAUGAUGACGAGGAAGCUCCCCCAACGAAUCAACUAAGGCAGCCUCUGUCUGAGUCAAAUCACAAGUCGAAGAAGGCGGACCUCAAAUCGAAAGAACAAGAUGAAGCUGGAGCUUUGAAGGAUCCUCAAGCUACAUUGGCUGGGAAGGAUGGCUCUGCGCCUGCUCCAGCUCCGGUGCCUGCCCCUACCGACGUUCCUGCGGUUGCUGCCGCCACUCCUCCUGCUUCUCCUGCUGUCACCUCCGAUGCCGCGCCUUCUCCUGCCCCUGCUGUUGCCUUUCCUCCUAUUCCCGUUAGCGCGCAGACCGCGGUAGAUGCGAAGGCACAGCCUAGCUCUCCGCCAAAGGACGCUAUCAAUAAUAACCCCUCAACUAUUCCCGCGCCUAGUGCAGAAGGGACUGAUCCGACAAGAAAACAGGAGAAGAAGAAAAGGUCUGAAGCAGAGCGAAAAGAACGGAAAGAGAGAAAACGAAGACAAGCUGUGGCAAAUGGUACAGUGCCAUUACAACUCGACCCAGAGCAUGAUGAAGAGUAUACGCGAGGUCCAGCACCGGCACCAGCAUUAGGCGGCUCUCGGUCCAAAACGCAAGGUCACCCGACAACUGAUCCAGUGCGCAUCUACCGCCGUUGCUGCCAGCUCCGUGAGACUCCCGUUCUCAAGAGAGUAGUUGAUGAAAUCUCCAAGCCUUCAUCGACGCUCGCUGAGUCACCCGGUACAGUCGCAGCUUUGGAUCUUAGCAACUUCCCCAUGACCUCCCAGGAUCUGGCAACAUUCAGCGACUGGCUCGCUGUCGUUCCCGUCCGCAAGCUUCUCCUUGAGAAUUGUUCACUGACGGACGCAUCUGUGCGAGCCAUCCUUGCAGCUUUGCUUUCCACCAAGACGAUAGAGCAGAUGCGCUAUCGACGAAAACGAUCGCGAAGACCGGAAGCUCCAGGCUCUACUGAUCACGAACGGUAUGGCGUUGUAGAAAAACUUUCUCUGAAGAACAAUCCGAAGAUCGGACGAGAGGGAUGGCGCUAUAUCAGCCUUUUUGUGCACCUAUCAAAGUCCUUGAAAGCUAUCGAUCUGUCGGGGAUUCCCUUCCCUCAGGGACAAGUUGCGAUCGAUGGCUCCGGGACAGCGGGCCCAAACCAGACGGCUACGGCUGAUGUGAGCGCCGUGUUUGCCAGUGCCUUGGCAGAGCGCUUUGGUGGCGAUCACCUUGAGGAACUUCUCAUGAGCGAGUGCUACCCUUCGGUCGAUGCUGUAAAGCAAAUCUGCCAGGCGGCCACUAAGAUGGGUCUGCGAAGACUUGGCUUUGCGAGCAAUGGGUUGACGAGAGAGGGUCUGGAACAUGUGGUCGAGUACUUCAAAGCCGGCCAGUGUGAAGGUCUAGACCUGGGCGGGAACGUUAUCAAGGACGACCUCGAUCUUGUCACUGCCGCGAUUGAACCUGAAACGCCGCUCUAUGCGCUGAGUCUAGCGGAUUGCGGUUUGACAUCAUCUGUGAUCACUACGUUGCUCCAAUCGCUAGCCCAAAUCCACAACCUCCGAUUCAUCGAUUUCUCUCAUAAUCGCGAACUAUUCUCAACGCAUUCUAAUGCACUUGGGGCUUUCCGUCGCUUCCUGCCAAAAAUGACUUCCUUGAAGCGCGUCCAUCUUGCUGACGUCAACCUGUCACCAGACCAUGUCAUUGGCCUUGCCGAAGUGUUACCGGAGUGCCCUAGCUUGUGCCAUCUGAACAUUCUGGAGAAUGAACAGAUUGUCAGUCUAGCGUCUACUACUGACCCGGAAGCCCAAGAAGAAGCAUGUGCUGUUUAUGCGUCCAUGAUGGCAGCCGUUCGUGUUUCCCGUACAAUCAUCGCAGUUGACAUCGACGUUCCCAGUGCAGAAAAUAACGAAGUUGUCAAAGCUCUUGCAUCGCAGAUUGUGGCCUACUCACUGCGGAACCUUGAAGGCGGCGCCAUUGCGGAAGAGCUUUCUGGCUCCACUGGCUCUCUCGUGGAUGUGCCCGUGCCAGAAAUUCUGCAACAUAUCGUCGGAAACGCUAUUCCCUCCGAUGAGCCUUGUGACGACGAAGAUGAUACUGCUCCAGACGCAGAUUACGUUAUUGGGGGUACAGGCGUCGUCAAAGCAUUGGGCGUUUGUCUCAAGAACCUGGACCACCAAGGUCUCGAUGCCCUUGGGGAGCACUCUGCGCCAGCUAGCGGUACCACUACACCCCGGCGCCGCAAGUCUCGAGCGGUUGCUACCAAGCGGCCGCGCGAUAUGUCGAAGAAUUUGCUCGAGUCCGCCCGCAAUAUCCGAGCUCGGAUCCAGUCGGCUCUCAUUCGCGAAGAUCGUGCUGGCAAUGACGCGAAUUACCGCCGCUUGCAAUUCUUGGACAUUACAUUGCACAGGAUGAUUCAACGCUUUGAGGACGAGUAUCCAGAGACCCGUAUUAUUCCCCAGGCGGCCCCCGCUGCUCCGCUUCCUGAUACCAUCUCCCAACACUCAGGUGAUGACGAUGGAGCCGGCUCGAUCACUGCUGGCGGUAAUCUGAACAGCACUCAGCUUGACGAUACUGGCGUUGACGAAGAAGACACCGACCAGUACGCGGUCCGCCACUCACGCACGAGCUCCAUGACUUCUCUUCACUCUCGCGCCAUGACUUCCCAGGAAGGACACAUCCACCGCCUCGGCCAGAACCUCCGCCGCGAAAUCCUCAACCCGUCUCUCGUUCCUGGUGAUGGCGAUGAAAACUUCGACAUCGAAGACAAUAACUCGCACAUUGCCGCUCUCCGGCAAAAGCUCGAUCGUCUCCACGAAGAGCAGUGUCUGUCUCAAUUCGAUGACUUUGACAGUGACAUGGCUUACAAUCAUCUUGGAACCACUGUGGAUGAACUGUUUGCUGCUCAGCAACAAGACGCUGAAGCAUUCGAGCGUUUCAAGCAAUCCCAAAUUGCAGCUCAGAUCAACAGUGGCAUCCGUCCUAGAGACAUUCCGGAACCUAAGAGCUGCUCUGAGUCUGGAGUAUCAGAGAGCAAGUCCUCCUAA